UUUAGAUUAUUUUUAUAAUUUUAUUAUAUAUACAAACUUUUCUAUUGUUGUACCGUUCAAACCUUCAACACAGUAGUUUCUAUUGAAAUGGAGAAUACUGGCGGAGAUGCUGAACAUGGUGAGGGAGAAGGUGAGGUAGAGGGAGAGAAAAAAGUAUUUCAUACCUAUCCACUUGUCGUAUAUACCGACAUGUCUGAAGAAAUGCAAGGCGAAGCUGUUGAAGUAGUAACCAUUGCUUGUGAAAAGUAUCCAUCGAAUUUAGAUCUUGCAGCGCGUCAUAUAAAACAAGUAAUGGAUGUUAAAUAUGGUGCUAGUUGGCAUGUGGCAGUAGGUGAGUCGUUUGGCUUUGAUGUACCCUAUGAGACAAAUCAUAUGCUGUUUAUGUAUUUUGGUGGCAAUAUGGGUAUUGCACUUUGGAAAUGUGCUUAAUUAAAGUUAAGAAUUAAGUUAAGUUUCCUAACGUAAAUGCUGAAAAUAUUUUAAGAUAAAAUAAAUCUAUGAAGUGAACAAACCAAAGAAAUGAAAAAAUUAAGCCAUCAAUAUCGGUCUUUUGGGUAAUAAAUAAAUUAAUUAAUUUUUUUUUCAACUGAAAAAUGAAACACAAACCAUGCCCUUAUUAUGAAAAAUAAGAAAAAAAUCAAA